AUGCCGACCUUAGAUGAUAUUUUAGAGCACAUCGGGGAAUUUGGUUUAUUUCAGAAACAAAUCUUUCUAGUCCUAUGCCUACUGUCGGUGGCUUUUGCCCCCAUUUUUGUGGGGAUUGUUUUCCUGGGCUUCGUCCCGGAUCACCGCUGCCUGAAUCCUGGAGUUUCAGAACUAAGGGAACGUUGUGGCUGGAGUUUGGAAGAGGAGCUGAGUUACACCGUGCCAGGCCUGGGGAUACCAGGAGACACUUUUAUCAGCCAAUGCCGGAGAUACGAUGUGGAUUGGGAACAAACCAUCCUCAACUGCUCGGAUCCAUUAGCCAGUUUUGCCAGCAACAGGAGCCACAUCCCCCUCACCACCUGUCAGGAUGGCUGGGUGUAUGACACUACAGGGUCCUCCAUUGUGACUGAGUUUAACCUGGUAUGUGCAGAUUCCUGGAAAUUAGACUUAAUCCAAUCCAGUGUAAAUGUUGGAUUCUUUCUUGGAUCUAUGGGAAUUGGCUAUGUAGCAGACAGGUUUGGUCGCAAAGUGUGUCUCUUAACUACAGUUUUCAUCUCUUCUCUCUCGGGAGUCCUCAUGGCCAUUGCACCCAACUAUGUGUCUCUGGUCAUCUUUCGUUUACUGCAAGGACUGGUCAGCAAGGGGAGCUGGACUUCUGGAUACAUCUUGAUAACAGAAUUUGUUGGCCCAGCAUACAGAAGAACAGUGUCUAUUGUCUACCAGAUGAAUUUUACAGUUGGCUUGGUAAUACUCUCUGGAAUUGCUUAUAUUAUUCCCCAUUGGCGAUGGCUACAACUGACUGUUUCUCUACCAACUUUCCUCUGCUUGCUAUAUUACUGGUGUGUGCCUGAAUCUCCUCGGUGGCUAUUAUCACAGAAGAAAAAUACCAGGGCAAAACAGAUAGUGGAUCAUAUUGCCCAAAAGAAUGGGAAACCACUGCCUGCUGAUCUCAAGGCCCUCUCUCUUGAAGAUGAUGACACUGAAAAAUUGAGUCCUUCCUUCAAAGACCUAUUCCGAACCUCCCAGAUAAGGCGGCAUACAUUGAUUCUGAUGUAUCUCUGGUUCUCAGUCUCCAUGCUUUAUCAAGGGCUUAUUAUGUACAUGGGAGCCACAUCUACUAACGUGUACCUGGAUUUCUUCUACUCUGCUAUGGUGGAGUUUCCAGCCUCCCUGAUCAUCAUCUUCACCAUUGAUCGCAUUGGCCGCCUCUAUCCUUUCGCUGCUUCAAAUUUCAUUGGAGGGGUAGUUUGCCUUAUUAUGAUAUUUCUUCCUAAUGAUAUACACUGGCUAAAAGUGACUAUGACAUGUAUUGGCAGGAUGGGAUUUACCAUUGCAGCUCAGAUGAUUUGUUUAGUGAAUGCAGAACUAUACCCCACGUUUAUUAGGAACCUGGGAAUAAUGAUCUGCUCUUCCAUGUGUGAUGUUGCUGGAAUCAUAACUCCUUUUAUAGUCUUCAGAUUGACAGAACUUUGGCAUGAAUUGCCCCUUAUUUUAUUUGGUGUGGUUGGCAUGAUUGCUGGUGGCAUGACGUUGCUCCUGCCAGAGACAAAGGGGAAGACAUUACCAGAAACCCUUGAAGAUGUCGAGAAGUUGGGGAAGGGAAAGCUCAAAGAAAACAAAAUCUGACUUCAGACAGAAAAAUCCAAGGAUGCUGAUAACCUAAAGAGAGAGACGUGGCCUCAGUAGGAUGGUUUGUUGAGUCAUGGAAGAUUGAAUAACCAUUGGAAAUGCACAUGGAGAAGCACACAUUUCCUUUUAGUCUUGCUCUGUUGCUACUACUUUGAACUUGCCCAAUUGGAUUUUUGCUCAGCUUUCCAGAAGGCAGUGACAGUUUUAAAGAAUCAUUUCUAGCUUUGUUGGUAUUGUUCCACUAACCCACUGAAAUCAUCACUGACUUUACUUAUUUAUCUUGAAAAAAAAAUCAAGUUCUUGCAGUUGUGAUCAUAACUUUAUUUUAAGUUAAUUAGGAAGCAUUUAUGUAUUAGGCACUGGCUCUGUGACCCAGGCAAGCCAUGUAAUUCCCAGAACUAUCUCAGAUUAUAAAUUACUGGAGAAAGUGACAAUCUGCAUCAGUAAGGAGAACGGUUUUGUUUUGUUUUGUUUUUCCUUCUGGAGGUCCUUAUCCUAAUUGUGAAAUCAUAAAUUUAGUGCUUCUUCCUUCCCCUGAACAUUUCUAAAAAUGUAGGUAUUUUGAAAUAAAUGUGGUUAGAUUAUGAAAUUUUUUUUUUGCUAUGCAUAACUCAUAGUGAGAGGUAAUGGAGAUCAUGAUUUGUAAUAUGAUUCUCCAUUUGUGGAUACAUAGUGGAAUCUUCUCUUUAAAACUGUUUUGUCUUUCAGCCUUUAAAUGACUUAUACAGUUCUCUUUCAGCAUUAAGUCUAUGAUCUUUAACAUAGAAUCUUACUGACUUAUGUGAAAGAAAACCAAUUAUUUUGUUAAGUUUUGUAAGAUUAAGGCUGAUCUGUUAUGCUGAGUUUUUGUUAUACAUUGCUUCUGGAUUUCUGUUCUUUAAUGAUUAAAGUCUUUAUUAGGAAUAAACAUUUGAUUCUUAAAACCGAGAAA